GUGGGCACGUAUCAUAUAUACUGAAUGUAACUCCUACUUCUUGCUCUGCGGUUACCGGGGCUGGAAUGGGGCGCAGUUAUUGGUCCAAAGUCCUGCUGUUUAGAUGAUUGGCCCUUCUGUGUGACGGGGAUUGAGAUCACUUAGAAUUCAUAUAAAUCAUGGGCCGUCACUUCGGAGACCUCGCCAAGGUCCGACAUGUCAUCACCUACAGCCUGUCUCCCUUUGAACAGCGUGCUUUCCCCCACUUCUUCUCUAAAGGGAUCCCCAAUGUUUGGAGAAGAUUCCGGGUUAAGGUCUUUCAAGUAGUGCCACCUUUUGUGCUCUCAUAUAUCGUCUACUCAUGGGGGACACAAGUGCACUCAGACCUAAAAAAGAAGGACCCAUCCUUGUAUGAAAAUGACCAGUGACACAACAAGGAGUUUACAUGAUCCUCUCCGAUCCUUGUUUCCUUUGUGACCAGACAGACCUCAUUGGGCACAGAAAGGAAUAUUUAUUUGUCUUCAGUGCUAGACAGUUGUUUAAUAAAUAUAUAUAUUGUUCAGACUGA